AUGGAGUGUGCAGUGGAGAGCAGACAUCCGGGGCCACCCAAAGGCCACCCAAGAGCCAUUAGAGCCAUAACACAAGCCAGAUGGCACAGAGGCCCAGUGUGCAGGGAGAGCCCGAUCACAGGAGAGCCAGCGAUGGCCCGGGAGAACAACUGUCUGAACGCCGCCAAAGCCUGUAACCUGAACGAUACAUGUAAGAAGUACCGCUCUGCCUACAUCAGCCCCUGCACCAGUCGCGUGUCUACCGCCGAGGUGUGCAACAAGAGGAAGUGCCACAAGGCGCUGCGCCAAUUCUUUGAUAAGGUGCCGGCGAAGCACAGCUAUGGGAUGCUGUUUUGCUCGUGCCCGAUGAGGGACCAGACGGCGUGCUCCGAGCGCCGCAGACAGACCAUUGUCCCUGUAUGCUCCUACGAAGAGAAACACAAACCCAACUGUCUGGAACUACAGAGCAGCUGCAAGACAAACUACAUCUGCAGGUCUCGGCUGGCUGAUUUUUUUGCCAACUGUCAACCCGAGUCGCGCUCUACCACCGGCUGUCUGAAAGAGAACUAUGCGGACUGUCUGCUGGCCUACUCCGGGCUCAUUGGUACCGUACUAACGCCCAACUACCUGCGCUCUCCGAGGAUCAGCGUGUCGCCAUACUGCAACUGCAGCAACAGCGGCAACAACAAGGACGAGUGUGACAGGUUCACCCUGUUCUUUACAGACAACAUGUGUCUGCGUAAGUCUGCUCUGAUCAAACACUGA